AAGGAGACGAAAUAUAAAGGAAAGCGAUAGAAUUUUACACGAAACCGUCCGAUCGAGUGACGACAAACCGGGGCGGUCGUCCUCGUCUCGCGCAUCGUGCAACGAACGUAUGCGGUCCGUGCGUCCGAACUAGCGGCACAGAGGCGGAGCGUAGACUCCGUAGCCGUUCGUACAGUCAGUACCCAGCAAGUGAGGCAUGGAGUGAAUUCGGUGAGGAGCAGUGUUUUUUUCAAAAAAUUUCCAAAAAAGAAUAUCCAUGAGAGCAGUGCAUGGGGUGGGCCAGUGCUACGUUAAAAUGAUGUGCGUUGGUAUCAGUGUGUGGGUGCGUGCAGUGCGUGGCCAAAGGGUAGAAGAGUAAAAGUGUGUUUUUCCCAGUACAUCACAUCGCACACUCCCCACCAGCUCCGGCCCCCGAUUUUAUAUAUCAGUUCAUUUUCCUCAUUAAAUUUUUUCGUUUUUCACGUCUCUGUCCGCGCCCCGUAUUUUUGUUUAUUGUUGUUUUUUUUUAUUUGGUGUGCGUGGGCCCCCGGAAGAUGCGGCUGAAGCGGCUGUGUUUUUUUGUGAAAUUGUGCUUGUGACGCCAAAAGACAACGUUUUCCUAAUGUGGUGUUUAAUGCAAAAUGGUGAGAGAGACUAGGCAUCUGUGGGUUGGCAACUUACCCGAAAAUAUACGUGAGGAUCGCAUCCGAGAACAAUUCAAACGGUAUGGCCGCGUGCAGAGUGUCAAAUUGUUGCCGAGGGUCGCCAAGGAGGAGACGGGCGAGAUCUCGAUGGCGUGCACGGUGGCGUUCAUGGACAUCAGGAGCGCGUCCAAGGCGCACAACAGCGAGCUCAAGAUCGACGACCGCACCCUGAACACCGAGUACUACGAGCCGGCCGCCAUUCCGUCCUCCGCGUCGGCGGCCGCAAACGCCGCCGCCGCCGCCACAGUAUCGUCGCCGCAGCACACGCCAUCCCCGUACUCUACCUCGCCGGCGGCCGGGUCGAACCGUUUUCCCAAUGGGCACGGAUCGUCGGACGAGCCGUUUCCGGACCGCUUCUACGACAGGGGCGCGUCGCGCGUCUCUUCGGACAGCGGCGUCGGCGACUUCCUGCGUCGCUCGUCGACGUCGCAGACCUCCUACGUGCCGUCGGAGUCGUCGCGGGGCCGGGUCCGCGACCGCGGCUGCGGUGGCGGCGGUUCCACCACCCCGUCCUCGUCAGCGUUCCGCGGCAGCAACGGCCCCUACAAUCCGAUCGUCGACCGACAUCGGACGGCGAAUGUCGCCGGACCGUGGGGUGUCAACGCCGCCUCGUUGCCCGGGGGCGGAUAUCCACCUGACAGCGGACCGAACGGAGGAAGAUAUUUGGGCGGCGGAUCGGGAUCGUCGGGCGGCUGCGGUGGCGGCACCACCGGCACAUCGCAGUCGGACUCGGGAUAUGGGGCGGCGGCCGCGGGGGGCGACGUCAUCGAUAGGCGGAGCUCCGACGCGGCCGCCAAAAAGACCAUCAAGACCAAGUCGAGGAGCGGCUCGCGGACGCCAAGUCCGUCGGGCAGCACGUCUAGCAGAUCUCCAACAAGAUCAAGAUCGAGAAGUAGCAGCACAUCAUCCCGCAGCUCGAGCACGUCUCGGGCGACCAGUUCGACGGGUUCCCCGAAGUCGCGGGGCAGACAGGCGACCACCGCCUCAUCCGCGAACUCAUCGUCGAACCAUUCCCAUCACCAGGGCGCCGUCCACUCGGACGACAGGCGACCGUUGGCGAUCUGCGUCAAGAAUUUACCAUUGCGCAGCAGCGAUACGUCCCUCAAGGACGGCCUCUUCCACGAGUACAAGAAACACGGCAAGGUGACGUGGGUGAAGGUGGUCGGGCAGAAUGCCGAUCGGCACGCGAUCGUGUGCUUCAAGAAGCCGGAGGAUGUUGAGAAGGCUAUCGAGGUCAGCUACGACAAGUUGUUCUUCGGACACAAAAUCGAGGUGGCGCCCUACCAGGGCUAUGACGUGGUCGACAACGACCAGAGGCCGUACGAGGCCGAUCUGGACGAGUUUCAUCCGAAGGCCACCCGCACUCUAUUCAUCGGCAACCUGGAGAAGGACAUGACCGCCAGCGAUCUGAGGAAGAUCUUCGAUCAAUUCGGCGAGAUCAUUGAGAUCGACAUCAAGAAACAAGGCACGCAUUCGUCGUACGCCUUCUGUCAGUACUCGGACAUCGUGAGCGUGGUGAAGGCCAUCCGGAAAAUGGACGGCGAACACGUCGGUCUCAAUCGUGUUAAACUGGGCUUCGGCAAAUCGAUGCCCACCAAUUGCGUGUGGGUCGACAACGUUGCUGACAUCGUCAGCGAAAAGUACCUGAAGAUGCAGUUCGAUCAGUUCGGAGCCAUCAGCAAAGUGCACGUGGACAGGGAGAAAGGCCAAGCGUUGAUCUUUUUCGAGCAAGUUGUCAGUGCCCAGACGGCGGUCAAUAAGAUGCGUGGGUUCGCACUCAAAAGCCAGAGGGUGCAAGUGGAUUUCGCCAGCAGGGAAUGUCAGCAAUCUUUCUUCGAGCACUUGGAGAAACAGGGCGCCGAGCUUGAGAGGACCGGAGUCUUCGACGACGUACGUCGUGAUUCUUCUUCUAGAGCCUUCGAGUCCGCGUCUGCCAGAUACUCAAGUCGUUAUGACACGCCGACGAGGCCGCGCACCUCCUCGUACACGGGUAGCGGUGGUAGGUCUGGCGCAUCUGUGCCGGGCGCCGCCCCUAGUCAACUCUCAUCGGCGACGGCGUCCGCCAUGCAAUCGCCAGGUGGUGCGUGCACCCCUGGAUCGGCCACCCCUCGUAGCCGUUCCCGCCUUGUAUCCCGCUAUGACUACUACGAUCAGUCGAUGGUGGACUACGUGGUGCCGUCUGAGAGGCUCGCCUUUCGUGCCUACGACGACGCCUAUAGUCAGGGUUCGCCUGCCUCGCACGACGACUACGAGGCCGAAUAUUACCAAGUGCACAGCCCGUUAGCGCCCCACAUCGAUAUGGUCGAAAGCAGAUCGUUGCAGAGCGUUGACGCAACCACCGGUUACCAUCAGCCGGACAACAUCAGGAACCUGCAGAAGGAGAGGGUGCACCUACUCGAACAGCUGGAGGAGUGUCCCAGCAGCGGCGACGAACUCCUCGGUCCAAGCAAGAAACGUCUCAAACUGGACAGCGACGUGAUCAUCGAGGCGAACCGCGACCAUCGCAAAGUAAUGGAAGUGCGACGGCUCUCCGACGCCAAUCUGAAGCAUCAUUCGUCACGACGACCGUCUAUUGAUUCGGGGAAGCACGCGGGCCACGACAGGACAACGUACAUGCCGCACGCCGUUUGUAAAAGGAGGAAGACCGGUGGUAGCGAUAGUUCGUCGAGGUUGCAGCACCAAUACGAUCAUUCGGGUUCGGAGAGUCUGGGAGGUAGCAGGCCGGGCACGCCGUUGUUUGACGAACGGCCCGAGAACUUUCAGCCGACUGAACCACGUAGGACACCCAGGGAUAGGGAGGGACCUCUGACUUUACCUUUACCAAGGUUUGCCGCUCAGGUAAUGAACAGGGGUAGAGUAUCGGUGGCGGGCAUUAAAGGACAAGACAACUUGAUGUCGAGUCCACCACCAGCGGUCACCAGUCCAAGGAUCUCGAAUCCGCGGCCGCCGAGCCCGGUACAAUUUGUUCCGCCACCAGCCAGCCCACCUCCACGGCCGCAUAGCUUGUCUUCGAACAGCAGCGACAGCGACACCGCCAGUCCUAGUUUGGACGAACGGAUAAAGGACCUCGACGUACGAUACGAACAGUGGUCGGGUUCGCGAGUAAUCCAUUCGGUGCGCAACGCAUCUGACGUACCGCCACCGGUGGAGAAAAAGUUUCGAAUAAAGAGCACGGUCCUCGACUCGGAUAUCAAUUCAGUGCCGCCGUCGGACAUCGUAAAGAGCGUGCUGGCCAAACGAUCCGUGUUCGACGAGGACUUGAAACGUCUCGAGAAUGUCAGCGAGAAAUACGAGCCGAAGGAGUGGCGUGCACCCACCAUCGCCACCGUGGUGCCCGCUUCGGCGACGGCGGCUACUCUUACAUCAGUACCUGCGCUGCAGCUGUCCACACAGCCGCAGCUGAAGAUGGGCGCCGCUGCUGUGGUAGUGCAGCAGCAACAACAGCAAACCAUCGUGCUUUCGCCUAGAUCGUCGGGUGCGACGAUAGCGGCAGCGAAAGGCCUGCAAUACCCCUUCCCGAGCCACCCGCCGAUGCAGCCCUCACCGCUCACGCCGACGACGACGGCAUCGGCGUCUUUGACGCCGCCAUCAGCGUCACUGACGACCAGUGCAACAUCCAUAGUCAUCAACACCGCCACGACGACGAUCAGUUCCGUGACGACAGCCACGACGACGACGAGCGCCCGGUCCGGAGCGGCCAACGCGCACGGUGACACAAACAGACUCAAACCGUGCCCCGAGCCGUGCCCGACGCCCGCCGCCACCGCCACCGCCGCGAGUGACGCGAGAACCUGCAAAGUGCCGAGCAAUCGUUGCGGCAAGAACGCCCAAGCGCAAUUGUCAUCGGGCAGUGAUAAAUCUACGUCGAACAACAUUCCCGGCGGUGACAAAACGAAACACGGCAGUGUCAGUGAUAAAAUCGCGUGCCGCAGGGACUCGAACAGCGGGGGAUCGCCGCGCGCCGCCCCCGCCGACGUGCGUUCGCGCAGGAACAGUGAUGCGAGUGCGCGUAAACCGUCGGACGAUAGUGACGUUUCGGAGAAGCAGCACCGCAAGGAGCGCGCCCGGAGCGAGGAACGCAAGAAGGAACGACUCGAGAAGAUCCGCCUCGAGAACGAACGAUUGGAAAAAGAGAAGGCGGAGAAGGAGCGUGUGGAAAGGGAACGGCUGGAGAAAGAGAAACAGGAAAAGGAACGUUUAGAAAAAGAAAGACUGGACAAAGAGAGACAGGAACGUGAGAGCGAACUAGAGAAGGAACGUUUACAAAAGGAACGAAUAGAAAAAGAGAGGUUAGAAAAAGAACGAGAGGAAAUGGAAAGGCGACGACAGCAUGAGAAGGAAGAACGCGAACGAAAGGAGCGCGAAGAGAAAGAAAGGCGAGAACGUGAGGAGAAAGAAAGGCGAGAACGCGAAGAGAAGGAAAGGCGCGAACGCGAAGAACAACUCGAGAAAGAACGUAAAGAGCGUGAACGCAAGGAACGGGAGGAAAGAGAACGGCGAGAACGUGAAAAAGAAGAACGAUUACGUAAAGAACAAGAGGAAAGAGAACGACGGGAGGCUCAACGUAAAGAACGAGAAGAACAAGAACGAGCAGAGAAAAAUCAUGAUCGCCGACAUAAAGACGACAAUCACGAGAAACGAAAAGACGAGCACCGACAUAGGGAGAAUCACAGCGAAAAGACCGAGAACAAGCAUCGGGAGAACAUCUUGGAGAAACACUUGUUCGAGAAAAGCACCAAAGAAUCCAAGGAAGAGAAGAAAGACAGUCACGAGAAUUGUCGACGAGAGUCGCACGGUCACGACAAAUCACGACAUCAUGUGCGCGAUGAAGAACGACGAAAAGAAAGCAUUAAGGAAAACCGUGACAACAACAUUCACGACAAACAUAAAAAUUUCACAUCGGACCUUAAAGAAUCUAAAGACAAACUUAUCACCACCGAGAGUAGACAUAUGUCUUUAGACAUUGACAAGAAAUCGUUCGAAAAUUCUCUCUUUAACGUGGGCAAAGAUCCGAGCAAAAGGAAAGAACGAAACAACAGUUUGCCUGCGAAUCUCGGCAAGAGACGCAUGAGCUCGCACGAGAGCCUCGACGGUGAUGAUCACAAGCGAAUAAAGCUAGACCAUAAAAAAUUAUCCGAACGGCGUGACUCUAAGGAUAGUACUAGAUCUGAAGAUAAAAUCAAGAGUAAACACAAAAACAACUCGAUCAAACACGACAAACAUAACAAUGCCAAAGAAUCAGACGAGAAACGUAAAGAGAAAGAUCGAGAGGAGAGACACAAGAAACACAAACUUGAAAAACUCGAAAAGCAAAAGCUGAAGAGUAAGAGUAAAGAAAAGGAGUCUAGAGAAUCGCCAACCACACCCAAAAGUCCUCUGUCCGACAAAGAUUUUUUGGCUCGACUGGAUUUGCGAGCUACCGACGAAGUUCAAAAGAAGGAAUCGUCGAAAGAGAAACGCAAAGACAGUACCGAAGACGAAAAACGGGAUAAAGACGAGAAAAAAGUCGAGGAUCGAGUCAAGAAAGAAAAAGACAAAGACAAACAAUUACAACAUCAAUCAAGUCGAGAAAGUGAGAAAUCUUCAAAAGCUAGACCGGAAGAAAACACUCCCAAAUCGAACGACGAACGCAAAUCAUCUCACAAGAGGGAACAACAGAGGAUUCGAAAGAUCACCAACAGUUCUGAUACAGAUACCGACGACGACGAACCAAAGAAACACUCAAUAUUCGAUAUUGUCGACGAUGAACCAGCUUACAUCUCCAUGUACGACAAAGUCAAGGCCAGGAGCUGUAAGAAUAUGCAAAAACAAGAGGAAGAAAAGAGGCAAGAGAAGAUCAAGGCUAAGUUUAGUCAGCUUAAACAGAGUCGAGCGAAACGCGAGGAGAAAAAGAGAUCGACCUCGUGGGACGAAGACUCCGAUUCGGAACGAGACCGCGUUGAGAAGAAUGACUUCAUCAAACUCAAACGUUCUUCGAAAUUAUGCAUUGUCAGUUCCGAAGAUGAGGAGCAGGAUAUGAAACCCAGAAAGAAGAAAGAUCUCGACACCGAUUCAGAUUCGGAUAGACUGAACAAGAAUAAAUUUGAACCAAUUUCCGACGACGAUCGAAUCCGCACCAAGAAUACACACUUCCGAGGUUCUAAAUCGAGAAUCACCAGUGACACAUCUGACGAUGAUUUCAGAAAAACCAAGGAUAGACCGGAUGCUUUCUCAGACGACCAGGAAAUGGCCGAUCCUGAAAGCAAACCUUUUACUAAUGAGAUUGAGAGUAUAAAGGAAACGAAGAAAGAACGUCGUAAUAGCAAACACCAAGAAGAAAACAACACUCAGGUUUAUUCAGGUUCUUGUACCUCGACGCCUGUGUUGCUCGAAAAAGAAAAGUUCAAAAGUUCGUUCCCAGAAAAUACCUCAGAUGAGGACACGAUGGAACUGAAAAAGGAACGAACCGAUCGCAAAAAACACAAAAAGAAACAAAAGAAACAGAAACACUCGUUCAGUAGCGAAGACUUGAAUAAAAUGGAAACCAUUCAAGAUGGAAUUCACAACGAAUCGACCGAAAAAUCUAAACACCAUGAGAAGAAACGGCAACACAGUAAAAAGGACAAGAAACGUGAUAAAUCCAAAGACGAGCGUGACAAAACGAAAAAAUCCAAAAAGAACAAAUCUGAAUCGAAAAGCGACAAUAAGUGUGGCAAAGUCGAAAAUCUGUUCGGUUCGCUUAGCGAGGACUCUGAGAACGGGACUAAAGAUGCGAAAGAAAACAUCGAACAUCCCAAGACCAUGUUUGUGCCAAGUUCUAAGUUCGUCGACGAGUCUGCGCAGUCUGCCUACAAUAGCGAGUCGGAAAUGGAUAGGGCAAAGCUUCAAGAAGAAAAAGAACGCGAGAGAGAAGAGCAUAAGCGUCGUAAGGAGAAGAGGCGAAAGGAAAAACAGGAGAGGCGGUUACAAGAAGCGGCUGAAGCUGCAGCUGCCGCACAACAAUCCAACGAAAACAGCAUGGACUUUGCCGACAUGGGUAAGCAACUUGAAGCCAACAUCAAAGAUGAAACCGUGGAAGAAAUUAAAAAUGAAGUCGACAAGACAGAUAACAACGACGAUUCAUUCGCCUUUAACGAAACUUCGGAGGUCAAAGAAACGAUCAAAGAGGAGCGAAAGAAAAAGAAACGAAAGAAAAGCAAGGAGGAGAAACAAAAACACCACCACCACCACCAUCACGAAAAGAACAAGCUCAAAUCUCCGGAGUUCAAGAAAGAACAGGUCGAGUUCAAGAAAGAAUCCGAACUUAAGAAGGAAGAGAUUCCUGCUGAAGUUACAACUGAUUACGAAAAAAGUGAAUUCAAGACAGAGUUCAAGAAAGAGUCGACUCCUACAAAGGAAAUCAAAAUCGAAAUCGAGGAACCCAAGAAUCAGAGCAUGCCCACUAUUUUGGAGUACAGUCCUGAGAAUAAAUCCUCUAAUAAAUUGGAUUUUUCAAUCUCGCCAAUCAACAGAGAACCUCUCAUCAGCCCUAUUCCGAAGACACCCACUACUUCCAAGGACAAGAAACGGGACAAACUCAUUUUGGGUCUGGUCGAUCAAAACUUACACGAAUCGGCAGUUAAAUCCAUACCCGAAUUCGAACCAGUCAAACAAGAGACUACCAUCAAGGAAGAGGAAAUUAAAACGGAAGUUGCCACGGAAUCACCUGAGGAAAAGCCUCGUGUCGUUAUUUCACAGGAGGAAACCGAGGAUGCCGUUGCUGCGCUUCUUGGUGAAAGCUUCAAUAGUGCUGAACAGUUUGAGGAGUGCUACACAGAUGAGAUUAACAGCAACAACGAACAGUCCCAACAGAACGAAGAGAAUGUACAAGAUGACGAAGAAAUGCGACAAGCUGUGCAAAGUCUUAGCGUUUCCGACUUGGACGCAAAGCCCGAUACCCCACAAAGCGAGCACGAGUUGCAAAUUGAUACAGACACUGAAGAACAAGAAGAUAUCGGCAUGCGAUUCGACCAGCCGCCUAAAACUCCUGAACUGUUGGUGCCACCCAAAACGCCCGACAUUCCCAGUUACUUUCGUAAUACUGAUGCGAGUGCUACACAUCCUCCUAUUAUUGUGAAGGCGGGUGGAAUUGGUAGUCCUCCGUCAUUAGCCCCAAUUACAAAGCCAGUGCCCAGCCAACCUCCACCAUUAGUUGUUGCAGAGGUUAAGAAACCGGCUCUCGAAAACGAACCGAAGAGUAUGCCCAUGUUGCCUGAACAACAGAGGGUUAUCUCUAGUCCAGUGGAGAAAACGAUUCAACCUGUUGCCAUUCCAAAAAUGGAGGUAACUCCAGAAAUAUCUCAGCCUCCAGUUAUCGUUACACAAUCGCAGUCGAAACAGAUUGUUACUGUAACAACUGCACCUCUCAGAACUUAUUCUACACCUCCCAUAGUGAAGAUUUCAGAACCAGCUUAUCCACCUUUGACUGCUAUUUCGAAACCAGAACAAAAGUCACCGACCAUGGAGCAGAAGAAGACAACUCUACCUCUCUUGCCUAUUUAUGUCAAACAACAAAAGUCGCCGACGCCAAUGCACAAUUUACCGGCACGUUCUCCAGUGCAGAUGAAAUCGACGCAAGAUCCUAAUCUAUUGUCGCCAAAAUCUAACGCUGCGAGGCUGCCAAUCACAUCCGUCAUGGUUUCAAAACCUUUACAACCGAACACGAUUAUUCUACCUCAAUCCAAGACCGCCCAUACACUCGAACCGCCUAAGCUUGUCUCCACAAGUGAACCGAGACCACAGGAGAUCCCAAAGGUCGUACUGCAAACAUCCACGAUACAAUCCAAUCAGUAUCCUGGUUACGUUUGCACUCCCACCAGGAUGGUUGUUCCCGCCACCAUGCAGAAUCAUUUACGUAACUUGCCUCAUCAUCCAGGUCUACUAGUGCCUAGCAGUUACGGCUUGCCUAACAAUUCACCUAACUUAUAUACAGUGCAAUCAUUGCAAGAAAAGCAACAAGAUAAAAUCAAUUCAGCAGACGCUUUGAGAUUAACCCCAAUAACAAGCGUUCCGCCUUCUACUGGAUAUCAAACACCACAACAGCCUGUUUACAUUCCUAACGCUCAUACGGUUCAAAAACCUUUUAUGAACGUCAUUCACGAAACCUCGUCAGUAUCGAAACCUCCAGUCCACCAGCCAAGUAUUAUCCAAUCGACUGCUCAGUCGCAAAUGCCACCACAGACUAUUCAAACCACACCAUCACAACUUCAUCAGUCUCUGUUACAACCACUGUCACUACCUAGUCCUCAACAAAUUUUGCCUUCAAAUAUUCCAACGACACCUCCAACUCCACAACAACAACCGCAACAACAACAACAACAACCAACACCGUUGCAACAAACCAUGCCGGAAGCUUCCAAGACUCCAGAAGUCAAUGAAAAUCCUACAAAGGUUAUUACUGAGAAUUUGACAACUUCCACACCGAGUCCAGUUAUUAUGACCGUUCCCAAAGAAGUUUUACCAGAACCAGUGCCUGAAGUCAAUCCUCCUACAUUCGAAGAGAAAUCAGAGAAUGUGGGCAAAGUAUUGGAGAACAUGGAAUCGAUUAGCGAACAAUUGAGUGAGACUCUCAAGAGAGAAUCUCAGGAAGCAGAGGAGAAACCGAUUGUUGAGGAGAAGGUUGAAGUACCUCCAAAAGUUGAAACGCCUCCCAUAGAGGACAAAGAAAAAGUGGAAAUCAAGACGGAAGAAUCCGUUGAAAAAGUCAAACAGGAAGCUGAGAAUGUAUCGGUUAUCAGAGAAAUCGAGAAGUUUGAUGAAGAGAAGGCCGAUACAGAAAGUAUCGUCUCAGAUAUCAGUAAAGAAAGGUCGAGUGCCGAUAUAUUAUCAAAAGACGAUCCUUUGGACACCAAAGAGGAUAGUGAUUAUUGGUCCGCCAAAGAAGUCAAUAUUGAUUCCGUCAUUAAGACCCUUUGUUCAGCCGACGAACUGUCUGAUCACAGCAGCGAUGCGGGCAAGGACGAUUGGGACGAUGAUGCCAAAGCGAACGAAUCAAUCAAAUCCGAUGCAAGCGACAAAUCGGAACAUCUCGACAAGAAAUCCGAACCUGACACCAAACUGGACGAUGACGCCAUCGAUGAAGGCGUUGAAAACGAAGAAAAAGAGAAGGUGAAGGUGGCACCGAGAGGACGAGGUGGCCGUGGUCGUGGCAGGAGAGCGCGCGGGGCUGGAGUAGGCACCGGCAUUCUCACCAGACGCGGCGUCAAAGUCACCAAGGAACCAGUUCUGGCCACGACUCUAGUGACAGCUAAGAGAGGCCGCGGAGGCCGCGCCAAGAACGAGCGCAAGGUCCACAAAUCUGAAUCGGACACAUCCACAACAGAUGUGUACGAGUUCAGGGAUGAGGCCGAUGAGGGCUCUAAGGAGCAGCGUCCGCGACUUAUCCUGACGAUCAAAUCGCCUGCCGUUUCGACAGGUGGCAACACCCAGACCGCCAUAGUCAAGGAAGUAACUAAAGAUGGUGCCAAAGAGAUAGGCAAAGAAGUAGCGGUGGCUGCUAAGGAAAUACCAUCCGUCAAAACAGUGGACAAUAAAGAGGAGUUUGCUUCGCCGGUGUCGAACACCCGUAAGUCCAAGAGAUUGCAGGAACGCGAUGUUUCUAGAAAUACGGUCGACGACACUAUCGAGGACGUGGUCAAGAACACCGUACAAACCAGAGGAGCUCAAGGAGCCAGGAGGUCCACCAGACAGGUGUUGCCUAAACAGCAACAACCGGAGACACCUAAGAAAUCACCCCGAGGUGGCAGAAGGAAUCAACGGAGGGCCUCUGAGGCCACAGAUGAGUCCGAUGUUGAAAAACCUAAAGAUCCGGAGCCAGUUAAUGCCACUCCGAUCGUAACUGAACCUCCCAAAGUGGAACAAGAGAAACCUAAAGAAGCAGUUAAGGUGGAGCAAAAGAAGCCCGAUCCACCCGUCAAAGAAGUACCACAUGUGGGCGUCAAAGCCGAGAUGCUGCGCAGGCUGAAGAACGAGCAGAGUCAAGAACCAACAACUCUCAUCGAUCCUGUAACUGGUUUACUCACACCGAUGCGCGAAUGUGAAGAAGGCAAGUACAUUCCCAUGCCUGGAGACGGUAAAGUGAUGAUUGUUGGAAAUGCUAUGUUACAAAAGCAAUCAGGAUUGCCUCCUAAAUCAACAGCGGAAGUGAAACAAGCGAGCGUGAUUACAACUCAACCACAACAAGUCAUGGUGGUACAACCGCCCAAGCCACAAAGCUUCAAGGCUCACGUUUUGAACUCUCAGGCCGCCAAAGCUGUUGUAUCUCAACAACAAAACCCGGUGAAGACUACAACAGCGCCACAAGUUAUGCAGUCGGUGGCGCCCAGUAUUGUAGUAACGAAGACCUCACCGCUGAGCCAACCGCCUGUGGUAGUCAGCAAUUUACCUCCUGUAACAGCAAGGCCAGUUCAACCAGUUACUCAAAAUUUGAAUGUGAACGUCAGCAUGGCAAUGAACAUGGCUCCGUCUCACCAUUCGCCCCGAUCGAGCAUAACUUUGACCAAGGUGAAAGCUCCUCAGCAUUCACCCAAUCAAGUCGUACUCAACCCGCAGCAGAUGUUGCAAGUCAGCAAGCAACAAGCUCAACUGAACAAGGCGCAUUUAUCCACCGUAAUGGCGAACCAACAGCAAGUAGUCAAUACUCAAAUGGCGCACAUGAAACAGCACCAAAACGUGCCGCAACAACUGUCCAAGGUGCAGCCACAACAACAGCAGGCGCCUGUGAUUAUAAAUAAGAGCAAACCGGUACAUCAGAUGCAUCAGCAAAUCAUUUCGAAUGCGGUCGGCAGUCCGCCGUUGUCUAAGGCGCAGCAGAUGGUCGCUGGCAGCAGGAUCAUCCAGGGACCCAUGCCCGGAAGCAAAGGCGUCAUGGAACCGCCUAAGGUGGACGUAGCGCUCGGCAACAUCCCCAUUGGAGCCAGAUCAACUUUGUCGCCGCAAGGACAAGCUCGACACAUCGCCUUCGAGCCGUCACUGCACGGAGUACACAGAAGUCCACCUCCCGCCCAUCAAAAUUCCCCCUCCCCACAGGGCGACCAAAUAGCACAUUUCCCACCAGGUACAAUACGCUCAAUUCACGAUUUACCACCGUAUUUACAUCACGCUAUUCCACCCCAAUAUCAAUAUAUGCGACCGACAAACUACCAUCUGCCAAGGUCUCCUAUGAUGCCGGGAAAUGUGGAAAAAUCGGAUGGGCAAGAGGGUGAAGAAGCACCUGUCACUUCUCCUCCCUUAGAACUGAGACGUACAAACGUUGGACUACCGCUAACCGGAAGAGGCACGACCGUACCACAUGGUUUACAUUCACCUCAUGACAGAACAACAGAUUCUCCACAAAUGUACAACGUCGUGCACUCGGCUCGGAUGCAGCACUACCCGACACCAGCGCACGCGGCCCGUUACUUCGACGAGCCGCCUCCGGCUCAUCGUCCGAUGACGAGCCAUCCGCUGGUCAACAUGGGCGGCGACCGUCCUCUGCACAUGCCAAUGGGCAACCCGGACCGUCCGCUCAGCAGUCACAUACCGCCAGAACGGCCGUUGAGCGCCGCUCACGUCGUUCCGGAUCGGCCACUCAGCAGUCACAUACCGCCCGAACGUGCUCUGGGCGCCCACAUUCCGCCCGGCGCACACCUGGUGCCGGAAAGGCCGCUGAGUGGUCACAUACCAUCCGACAGGAAGGCGAUAAACGAGAGUCACAUGAUGGGCGUGGGACUGGGGGCUGCCGGCAAUCACAUGGGUGCGGUAGCCCGACAUCACGGUGCCGACACACCCACCACACAACGUGGGUUGCAGGCCGCCACACCUCCACACGCCAGUCAAGUUCCACCACAAGCCGAGAGUCUUUUCAUGCUGUUGAAGCAAUAUCCCUGUAUGUGGCAAGGUCUUUUGGCCCUGAAGAAUGACCAGGCAGCAGUCCAAAUGUACUUCGUCUCGGGCAAUGCGACGGUGGCAAAGGACUGCCUUCCGGAGAACACCGACGGAACAACACCACCCUUAAGAAUAUUCCAAAGAAUGAGACUGGAACCGCCGCAGGUUGAAGGAGUGUCGCGUAAAAUGCAGAUGCAAAAUGAACACUGCAUGCUACUCGCGCUGCCCUGCGGCCACGAUCAUAUGGACGUCCUCAAACAAUCCACUAAUUUGACCACCGGAUUCAUCAAGUAUUUACAAGCCAAACAAGCGGCCGGCAUUGUUAACGUAGCCGCGCCGGGAACCACGCAUCCCCCCGCUUAUGUAGUUCACAUCUUCCCAUCGUGCGAGUUCGUGAACGAAAAUCUGCGUCGGAUUGCGCCGAACUUGUUGGAAAGAGUAGCGGAUAUCGCUCACCUGCUCAUCGUUGUCACCACCGUUUGAUACCAAAAGUGUCGUUCAACCGUGGAUGAUUUGGAUCUAAACAGAUGUAUCGAUCAGAACGCGUCCUUCUCUCUAUGUCAGUCCCGGUUCCGGGGCCGGGCGCGUCUCCAGCGUCCGGAUGGGACGGGAAGACGAAUGUAUUGAGUGAAACACCUACUACUUGAAACCUGAUUCUCGCCGUUUUUAUUUUUGGUAAAACAAAACUCGAAAUGUCACACGCAAAAAAUGUUUACUUAAGGAAGCAAAGAAAAAAUAUUAAAUAUUUAAAAGUUUCACUGUGAUUUCUGAAAAACGUUAUUAACUAUUAUUAAAAAAUAAAAUAUAUUAAAAAAAGAUAAAAAUAACUUACUACCUAUUAAGAGAUCUCAUACAAAGUUAGCUAUGUAAUUUUUUUAUUUAGAAGAUUUUUAUUUUUCAUAAACAUCUUGUAAAUUUCGUUUUUUUUUCGGUGUUCUGGCAUUAUUCUUGCAAUAUUUGCAAGGAUACUACGAGAAACUACAGUUCUUUUGGUAUAAUGAUAAAAAACUAUUAUAGAAUGUUUCUUUCGUUUAAAGAACGUCAAGUUUAGAUCGCCACACUCUAGUUUAUUUUUAUAUUUAAAUAUAUUGUUGUUAAUUUAUUUAUUGACUACCGCAUUCGAUUCCCGCACAUUUAUCCCAGGAUGGGUGUGCGGAAAGUGCACUCGGAACGUUUCAGCACUUUCGAACCUUUUUUAGUUUUAUGGUCGAAGAGUUUUAGUGUUUUGUUAAUAUUAUUUUAUUAGUUUAUCUCGUUGGGAGUGCCGAAAUGUUCAAGCGGAUGUAGUGCGGAUUUAGACUUGAGGUUUCUGUCGCGUUUCGAGGGGCGCACCGAUGUUGUUUUAGCAUCGUUGCGCGCCGCGGAAGUCUGAAAUAAAAACGUUACCCACUGUAGUUUGAAAUAUGGCUAUUAUAAAAGAUAAAGCAUAUAGACAUAAUAUAUAAAUAUGUAGCAUAUAUAAUUAUAUGAAAUCAAUCAUUUUUUAAAUUACAAUGUAAUAUAUAUGUGAAUAUAUAGUUUUUAGUUUGUUACUUUAAGCUUUUCUGAGUUUCUGAGGUUAAGAUGUUCUGUACAGUGUACUUUUAGACUGUAAGUAUAAAAAUAGCCAGCGUUACAAAAAAUAAUAACAUAGGGAACAUUGUGAUGUCUAUACUACUGUAAAUUUUGUACAUAUAUAAAAAUACUGUGUAUUGUGAGUAUACAUUAUUAUAACUAUUACGAUAAAUUA